GUGUCUCCUUGCACCAUGGUUUCUCCUGAUGAUUUACCUCCGUUUCUUGAACAUAUUCUUGAGGAAUAAGCAGCUUUUAAGGGUAUCAAUUGAUUUCUUUUGGGUUGAGUUAUCUUAUGGGAUGUAUGUUUUUCAUAUCUACAUUGUAUUUGUUUUGUCUCUUGUGUGGUUUUAUGUCGGUGUCCUUCGGUUUUCUGAUUUGGUUUAUUGCCUUCCAGGAGUUUGUCAUUUUGUUUUAGUUAGUUUUCGCUGUUGGUCUUUUGGUCCUUCGGUGGUGUCAUUUUGUUCUUGGCUUUGCCUGCGGUAGUUUAAUUUGUGUCAUGUACCUUCUGUUGUUCUCUUCUUAUUUUAUAUUUUCUAUUCCCUGCUUAAAAAUUGGUGAUUGCCGAUUUGGCUUUGGAGCAACAAUUGUUUUUGGGUUUCAGUGGCUUGGUUCUUCUUUGGUGGGCUUCGGUUGUGAGGGUGGAUUUUGAGCUAGUCAGCUUGUUCAUCAUCUUCGGACAACUCUUUUGAUUUUGGUGGUAGCUUUUUUUCGCAAGUGUUUUAUGGUGGUCAUCUGACUCUCAUUCCUUUUAGUUCUUUUAGGCCCUUCUUCUUGUCAAGCUUGCUGGAUGCUCGAAAAAGAUGAGUAAGAAGGUGUAUUUGACUUCAUUUUUUUUUUUUUUUUUUGCUUUGUCGUUGUUUUUUGGCUGGCACUCUUCAAAGGAAAUUGUUAGUUGUAAUUUGGCUGUCUCUCCCUAGUGCGAGUGUGUCCCCUGAAGAGCCACAAUUGGGAAGUUUGUUGUUAGUUAAGGAGGCUUAGAAAUGGCAAUUGUAAGGUCAUGUAGUAGGAGCUAGAACCAAAAAGAAGUGAUAAGCUUGAGGGCUGAGAGAUUCUUCUUGGAUGAAAGUUCAAGAUGAGAAGUGUUAUGCUACCAAGGUAUCCGGCAUCUUCAAUUGAAAUGAGUGGGCUGGGUUUGGAAGCAAGUACUAUGAUCUUUUUUGAAGUUUAUAUUAGGAUAGCUGUAAGUCUUGUGUCAUUUGAUUGCCUAAGUGUAGCUAGGUUAUGUUUUUUGGGUUGCUUUGUUUCUUGGUGAAGUAUUCUCCAUUUUAUCAUGCAACAUCUCAUAGAAGUUUUAUGGGUGGAAAUAUUAACGUACACUUAGACACCCAUUCAAUCUACAAAAGAGCAGUCAGUUUCCAAGCCAAUCAUGGAAGUGGAGGGAUCAUCAAAGCCAAUGAUAGCGGCGCAGGCAGCGAUGGCGGUGGAUGCAAGAUUCCCCAUCUCCUACAGAGACCAUUGCGCCCGUCCGUUGAUCCCACUCAACAAGUGCUGCCAGGCCGAGUUUUAUCUUCCAUGAAAGUGACAGUGCAAGUACGAGCUUGUCAUGGAGAGAAUGCUCAAGAUGCUUGAUCCGCAAAGAGGAGGCCAAACUCAAACAAGCCUAGAAGCGUAAGUCAAUAAUGCAGAAGAUCAUGCAAAUGUUUAAUGGGCCAAAGCCUCUAAAUGGGCUGAAAACCGCCGGUAGUGUAGAAAUCUCACAAGAAAUUUUCCUGCCCUUUUGAUCCUUUUUAAACCCUCGUUAUUUGGUCCUCUUUUGAUUCGGAGUGCAUAUUGGAGCAGAUCAGAAUCAGCUAAUGAUGAGACCAAGUUUGAUGAAGCAGCAUGAAAGGCCCUUAACGUUUUUGAGGUAUAACAGAGAAGGUGAUAUCUUGUUCUCCUGCGCGAAAGACCACACUCCCACCAUCUGGUUUGCUGACAAUGGCGGGCGUUUGGGUAGUUGCCGCGGCCACAACAGCCCCGUUUGGUGCUGCAAUUUGUCAAGCAAAUCCUCUUUUUUCUGUCUCUCUAUAAAGAUUUCCUCUUUUUUCAACUGUUUGUUGAUGUUUACUCAAGUUUGUAUCCAUUAUUGUAUUGAUACGGUGUUGCAUUUAUCGUAAACAUUUGAAAUUAUGUAUCUUCUUGUCCUAUGCAAAUGACUAUGAACAUUUCUUUUUUUUUUGGGAAAACAUUAGUAGAUUCAAUGUGCCUUGUUACUGGGAAUACAGACCAGACGGCAAAGCUGUGGGAUGUUCAAACUGGAACUCAAUUGUAUUCCUUCAAUUGUAUUAUUGACUAUUUUGCUGAUGUUAUGAUGGAAUAUUUGCAGUUUUUUUAA